AUGGAGGAAGAGCUGCGGGAGCUUCGUCUUGAGCUCAAGGCGGCACGUAAUGACGCGAAGCGAUACGCUAGCUAUGCACUGCGUUUGCAGCAGGAACUGGCUCGGGAGAAGCAAAAGGGUGGGGAACAAGAUAAAGACAACGAUAUUUUGGAUGAGGACUUCUUCCAUUUUGACGAGAAGUACGCCAGGACAGCAAAAACUUUUGCAUGGGACAAGAAAGUGGAGAAAUUCAGGAAGAGGCAAGAUGUAUGGAGCCGCAAGAUCGAUCAAGUGGCGCAAAUGAUAACCGAAAGACGCAGUGGAGCUGAGGAGAAAGACGCAAUUCUAGACAAUCAGGUGGAGGAGAGUGUGGAUGGUGUGGUGGAGAGGUUGGUACCAUUUCUACAGCAGCAGAAGCGUUUGAUUGGAGAUAUUGGUAGAGAGAAUGUCAAGCUGCGUGAUAUGCUGCGUGCCCGGCCGACGCGCCGGGAAUUGGUGGCUUCACAGCUUGAGGUUGAGCGGCUGCAGAAGCGUGUGCAGAAGCUGCGUGGAAGAGCGAACACUACUGAAGGUCAAGACCCCAGAAAAAUGCCGCAAGAGCAUCAAUCGGCCAGUGGUGAACACGUUUCUGUGAAGGAAUCAUCACUUUCGGAGCGGAGAACAGAAGAAAGACUACUACAAAUGCUACGAGUCAAUACAACGCAGCAUAAGUAUUUGAAGGAGAAGCUGCACUGCUAUCUCUCCUUGGAUACAGCCAGAUUGGCAAAGCAGCAGGAAUUAACUGAGGCUGGCAUUUUAGAGCGUGUUGGCCGGAUCUGCUCGAACAUCGUCGCCUCGUGUUGCUACACUCUGGAGGUUGAUGACGUUGGUGAGCUGCCCAACUGCGUGACAAAGGCACAUCAACUUGCGCAAGUUUCAACAACCUACCAGGAUUUCGUCGAGCGGAUCGAAAAACUUCUUAAGCGGUUUGAUAAGGAUGCCUUCUACUCUACAUGGGCUGAGUUCACAGCAGAUACUUCCUGUCACGAAGCUUUAGAGAUGAUUGUUUCUCAUGUGAACGACGUGCUUGUGGAGCUGGAUGCACGCCGUGAACAAAUGAAGCCACCAGGUUCGAAAGCCCAUGAAGUUUUAAUGGCUAGCAUGAAGUUACUUCAGGUUGCUCGUGUUGAUCAACUGACACCAACUAUCAGGCGUCUUGUAGACAACAUGCGUGCAGAGCAGGAAUUCCAGCGCGGCUUGCGCGAUCUUUUUGGUUUGGACGACUCGGCGAACAGGAAACAGAUCUUACACGUUGCCUCCAUUCUCUUCGGUGAGCUUGGAUUUCUUCCUGGUAACGCAUAG